UAUGAGUCAACGACCUGGGAAGAACGACUCUAACAGAUUUUCUCUGUUUAUGUGCGGUGGCCUUAACUUGGAUGACAAGUCCAGUGUAGCCAGUAGCUCUAACCUUGACUCACCAGUUUCGCCUAAUGCAGGGUUGUCCCACUCAUCAUCUACCUCUUCUAUACAAUCAUACGACAGCGACAACUCUACGCCAUUCAAAUCUUCUGAUGCCUGUGUUAUCAAAGUUUCCCUGGAAACUGGUGCUACACCAAAAUCUCAUGUUUAUAAAAGUAUCAUGUUACAUAACACAGACCAUACAAACACAGUGAUACAAAGAAUCUUGGAUAAAUAUGAUAUCAAGGGGAAGGAAAAGGAUUACUGCUUGUUACAAGCUCUUCCUGAUGGAGAGUUGGUGAUACCAGAGAAAGCCAAUGUGUUUUAUGCCAUGAACAAUAAUGGAGAUUAUAAUUUUGUGUUACGGACGAAAAAAGAACAAGAUGCUCUUACACAGAGUAAGAAACGGAAUAGACGUCGGCUCAAACUGCCAUUAUCAUAGCAGUGCUUAAAAUGUGCAAUAACAGUAACAUAUCCUGUCAGAUCCUGUCACAUAUCUUGUGAGAUUACUACAAAAACAACACGACUGUAGGCAGUGAUACUCUUCAAAAGCUGGAGUUGUGAUUUAAUGUGAAUUGUUCCAUUAUUGGAAAGGCUAAUGUGAAAUCAUGUACUGAAGAAUGUACUUUAAGCAUUGGGUGCCUGCACCGAGGGGCAUGUUUAUAGAUUGUAUAAACUAAACAAAAGCAGUACUAGCAGAAAGGAAUCAGAAGUGCUAUAAGCUGAACCAUGUUCUAUAAUACUCCAGUGCUUACUAAUCAAGUGCGAUCAGUCAUAUGUGCUACAUACUCAAAAUGGAUGCUUAAUUCUAUAAUACUCGUGGUGCUGCUGGACAGUGCAAUAUGUCGGGGCAGUUUUGCCCAUUUCUGUCUCGUAUAUGGUGUAACCUAGUCAUUUUUAGGCAGUAGUAAACUGAUCCUACUUGUUCAUCUGUACUUACUGCAUAAGUGUAGGAUUUAGUCAAUUUUUUUUAUUUUAGAAAUACAAAAUGUAUUCAGUUUAGAUAGAGUCACUUAGUAUAUCAAUGUUUUAAAUGUACAUGUAGGUACUUAGAUUUUAAAUUUUGCAAGGAAUGCAUAAAAAACAUAGCUUUUGCCUGCCCAUCUUUCCUUGGAAUGACUAAUUUUCUAGGACUCCAUUUUAAAAUGUCAAGUCAGUCAUUUGGAUAUAUCGUUUUAAGAUAAAUAUUCUUUUCAAAAGCAGAUCAUUAUGAGAUUGCCAUCUUGUGAUGAAAAUUAAAGUGGAAUUAUGCACAUUUUUCAAGUAAAAACCCAGCUGAAAUAGAUGUGUGUGUAAAAAGGAUGGAGGAAAUUACAGCUUUUAACCCAGUAUGCCAAACUCUUUGUGUUACCAGUACGAAAUAAGUCUCCAAACAUGACUUUUCUCAUUUUGACUGGGGCAGUCUUUUUAAGGAAAGUCGAACUGCAUGCUGGAGUUGCUUCCCAUCAAUUUCAGAAAUUAUCUACUGUAUGUAAGGCAGGUCACUGCGUAGAAGAUUGAAGAAAAAAACUAUUAUUUUAUUAGUCUGAUUUCUUUAUUUUUAAAGCAUCAACUUCAAAUACUUAUGUGGCAUUACCAUUAAUUUAACACAUUUAAAUACUCUGUAACCGAAAAUUGCUUUUAUAAAACAUUCACCAAAAACACAUGUGCAGUAAGAUGUGCAUAAUGUCACUUUAAAGUUAAGUGUCACAUUUUUUGACAAUACCAAUUCUUGUUUUUGUUAAUAUAUAUAUAUUUGUUUAUUUAUUCUAAGAGAUCCUUAUUGCGUCAUUUCAUGUUAGCUGGAUAUUACAGUGAUACAUGCUUGUUUUUCGACAGGCACCAGGAAUGAACAGAAGUAUAAAUUAUUAUGCCAUAAAUUUAGAGUGAUGCCAGUAGUUUAAAAUGAAAUAAUGGGCUUCUGGUCUUGUAAAUAAUUUGUUAACAACUCUUAGCUUUCUGCCAUGUUUUUUUUCCUAACAUUUCUGUGAAGAAGUUAUGAUAGUAUGGGGAACAGUCAAAAUAACUUGUCCAGUGGAGAUAUAACGGGAAUCAGCCAGUUUGUUAAAUAGGCUGGUCGAGAUAAAAAUAGGACCGAGUCAUACAUCUGUUUCUGAGGCAGAAAUGUGUUAAGUAUAAAUAAAAUGGGAACUACUCAAUAUCGACAUUGUGGCUGAAGUAUGUUUAGGAUGUACAUGUAGGAUUUAUCAAAGAUUAUUUACUAGUGAACCAGACCAUGAUUUCAUAUUAACACUGGUUGAUAAUUUAGUUGUAGCUCAUACAUCUUGUGUGCAAUAAAUUAUUUUAUAGGGUAGUUCUAGAAGUUGUGAUUUUACAAUACAGUAUAUAUUUUGAAGAACAUAUUGUACAUUUUUUGUCUAUUUAUAAGUAGAUAUUUAGUAUACAUUUCAGUUGUUUUACAGUGUAUCGUAUUAUGCUACAUUUUAAAGAACCCUAGCUGCUUUUAAACAUUUGUCAGUAUAUUUAUUGUUAUAGAAAUCCUUUUCAACUUGUUAUUGAUGCCCCUGUUAUAUAUGCAUCUUUAAUAUUAAACCAUGCUUUUCUCCAGACUCCAAGAUUAUGAGACCAGUAAAAAAAAUUCUCUCUUGCCAUUGUCAAUAUUAGGAAUGAGCUGAGGAUCAGCCAAUCAGAUGGUUUUGUUUUUAGACUGUUCAGUAACCUUGGAGUCAAGUGAGACAGUGCUAUGUCCCUGAUUUUUUCUGCGGUCCAGCUGGUCUGGAUACAAUAUGCUUGAUGAAUUAUAAGACAAAUAUAUUUAAAUUUUACCCUGUCAUCUGUUACAGUUUAUACUUAAUGAUUAAAACACACCCAGUUUAUGGCUUAUCCUUUAACAUGUCAUUGUUAAUACCUGUUUAUGUAGUACAGCUUACCAUUAUAUACUUGAGUUACAUUUGUUUAUUGAGGGAAGAAAUCAAGAUUUUGAAGCUUGUUAUAAUAUGAGACAAGUGUUGUUGCAAAUUAAAAGAUCUUUUUUACUGUCAUAUUGAUGGAGUAAGUUUCUACUACUUUUAUUUGUAACAAGUGGUUUUUAAUGAUACAGAAAUUAGAACCCUCUCAAAUAUUUUUUAGAGUUUUGUUCAAAGAAUGUAUCAAGGUUGAUUAUGGACCUUUUUAAACUAUCAAACAUUCAUCAUAAUUAGAAAUUCAGUUUACAAUUAUGUUUCUUCUCCUUUCUUUUGAGAAAGCAAAAUAAUAAUGCAAUAUGAAUUAACAGUUUUUUUGCUUUGUUCAUAAGAUUGGAACCUUUUGACCCAUGGCAGUAUUCACAUUGGCCUUACAAUCCAAAAGUAAUAAUUUAUUAUGCAGGUGUUUUUUUUUUCACAUUGAUCUACUGGCCUGAUAAAUUCUAAGCUAUAUCAGGCUGGUAGAUUAUGUAGUAAUUUUUCAUUUUUUACAUAAAAGAGAAAAGAUAAAAUACCUUAAUGGCUGCACUCUGCUCCUAGUAGUAAUUUUUUUGAUGCAGAAAAACACACAACAUCAUGCUACACAUUAUGAAAGUUAACAGAAAUUGAAUUAUGUUUUUCUCCUUUAGACUGCCAUUAGGUCAUUUAGUUCCUUGUUGUAUUGUUAAAAAAAGGGAAAAGUUUUAUGUUCUGUAAGUUUGAUAAUUAUAUAAAGAAAUUUAUUUAAGAGAAAAAUGUAGUCAAUGGUUUUGUACUUUGUGGACUAGAGAAAACUUCAGUUUUGUUAAAUAUCCAUGUAGUGUAACAAGUAAAAAAAUAUUAACAUGUUUAAAAUUCAUACAUUAUCAAUGCACAGUGGCCAUCAGAACUUUUAUAACCCCAAUAUUGAAGCAAGUGUAUUACUCAUAUUGUGUUCAUUGUUUAUACAUACAUUUAAAAAUACAUUUUAAUACAGUGAUUUUCUUUUAUAACAAUUCUUGUGAGCUUGUUACUAUAUUCAAGUUUUUAGUAUUUAUAUUAUGUUAAUUUAUUGAAACAAUUUUCCAGAUUUUAAAGUAGACUUAUUAUAUAUGGUAUUAAGGUAGUUCUGCACAUUUGAUUAACUGUAAGUGAUGGGGGUAACAUCAUUUAUCUGGAAUAUCUAGAAUAAUGCCUUGUAACGACUGAAGAUGUAGCAUAUAUGCUGCUGAGAAUCUAUUAUAUCCCAUGUAUCAAGUGUUAAACCCUUUCCUCAAGUUGAUUUUAACAAAAAGUUCAUUUUGGUGUAAAAUAAUUAGAUAUAUCUACACAAAUUCAUAUUUGGCAAAUUGUGAAAAAUUAAGCAAAAAUAGCUAUACUUUUUGUUUGGCUAUAUGAUUGAAAAUAGAUAAAUCUACAAGUACAAAAUUUUUCAUUAAAAUCUGCAUUGUGGAAUGUCUUCUGUAUAUGAAAAUGUCAUCCAAAGUGUGAUUUUCCCAUAGAAGUCCAUUGUGAAAAUUGAGUGGACAAAUAUUUUCACAUUGGUCCAACAAAAUAUCAGGCGUUUCUUUUUCAAGGUGGGACUCAAAAAUUGCUUUGGGUACAAUGUUGCUUUGAAAAAAAUAUGGUUUAAUAAAAUUCUGCAUUGCAGAAAAAUUUGUUUAAAAUCUGCAGAAUUUCCUUAAAGUCUUGUAUAAAAUAGAUAUCAGUACAAUGAUAGCAGUGGUUGGCAGUAAAGUCCUGUAUGGCUAACCUAGAAAUUUAGGUAGGUGUACAAAAAACAUUGAAAUACAUUUGAUCAGUCACAGGUUUUUCCCAGUUUAUUGACAACAUAGUGUACUUUCACUCUCAGUUUUUACAUACCCGUGUUAAAAUUUAGCCCUUCCGCUUAGCUCAGGAGGUAGAGCAUUGGUCUAUGGAUCGCAGCGUCAUGAGUUCGAUCCUCGGGCCGGGCAUAUGUUCUCCGUGACUAUUUGAUAAACCACAUUGUGUCUGAAAUCAUUAGUCCUCCACCUCUGAUUCAUGUGGGAAAGAUGGCAGUUACUUGUGGAGAACAGGUUUGUACUGGUACAGAAUCCAGGAAGAUUGGUUAGGUUAACUGCUCGCCGUUACACGACUGAAAUACUGUUGAAAAAAUGGUGUUAAACCCAAAACAAACAAACUUACCUCUUUUUCCUCUUUCCUGUCACAUCUGUAUUACAUUAAAUAUUGCUUUAGAAUUUCUAAAACUGAAACAAGAAAUGUUGUGGAAUGUUCCUUUGAUCAGUUGUGAGAAAUUGUGGUUUAGUAACUGCUAAUGUUAGCCACUAACAGGGCUGUACUGCUUGCCUAUGAUAGGGCCUUACUGCUAGCCACAGACUGCUGGCUACUCAAAGGGCUGUACUGCAAGCACAGCUGGCUGCCUUCAAACAAUUCUUAACAGUAGGGUUUUGUUGAGAAGUUACUUGUGGCAAGAACAAUAAAUUAAGUAGAAUUUUUUUUUUAUGAGGAAAUCAAAGAGAUCUUUUCAAUACUGUUUACCAAGUACUUAUAUUAAUUAUUGUCAAGAGGUCAUAGUUGAUUCAUCCUAUAUGGACACCAAAUGUUUUCUGUGAAGCGGUUCUAGUCUGACCAUUAUGAAAUGUAACAUACUCUUGUUGGUAGCAAUAUAAUUAUGUAGGUGCUACUGUGUUGUCUCUUGAUGAAAUGUUUACAACAUGUCCAGUUAUAAACUAUGAAUAAACUCAUGGACAGUAAUAAAAGAAUGAAAUACAAA